AGUAGAAUAGAAUAGAUAGAUACAUAGUCAGUAUAUAGAUAUAGAAACGAAGCAACCCAAAAGGGAUUAACGAUCUCCUCUCUCUCUCUCUCUCUCUCUCCUCCUCGACUGAGCAGAGCCUUUCUGUUUCUCUCUCUAAAAGCCUGAACCAGGGAUUUGAGGGUGAAUCUAGGGUUUAGGAGUAACAUUUUGCGGAUUUGGGGAUGGAAAAUGGGUCUGGGAUUGUUGCUGGCUCUCGCUGGCCAAACGAAACGAAUGCAGAAGUUGGGGUUUUUCAGGAGAGGGUAGAGGAGAAGGCUGUUUUGGGGUCUGAUGGAUUGGAUGAGGUGGAGGUUUUUGAGGAGGCUGUUGAGUCACCGGAGCAUUUGGAAGAGCAGGGUGGGGCAAAAGUUGAUUGCAGGGAUCGGAUUGUCCUUGCUGAAGAAGGAAAUAUGUUGACGGUGAGUGAUGCAAGUUUGGCGGGGGUUGCUGAAAUUCCCAAUGGUGGAGAUGACUUAGAGAACUUUGAAGAGGCAAUUGGCAUACCAGAUCAGAUUGGAAAAGAGGUGGACAAGGAGACACUUGUUACUACCGAAGAGAAGGCAGACGACUUUGGUGGUGCAAAUGGUGCUGAGGGGGAUGUGGUGGCAGGCGAGAUUGAUGGGGAGAAGACUGUACUUGAAGAUGUGGCGUUUGAAGUGAAGGUAUGUGGAAACGAAGCUCUUGUGGUCAGCAAAGAUGGGGUGAAGGAGAUUUCUGAGAUUAGCAUUGGUGGAGAAAUAGAAUCUAAAAUUGCUGGGGAUGAGUUUGAGGAGAACUCUAAUAUAGUGAUUGAUAAUGAGAAGUCUGAAAGUGAUAAUUUUGAUAAUGUAAAUUCAGAGAAAGCACCUGCAGGUGAAAAAAUGGACAAUGAAGCUGCCUCCCUUGAGUGUCAUCAAGAGAUCGAGUCCAGCAAGGAGAAUUCGACUGAAGCUAGCAAAGUCCAGGAGAUAGACGAAAAUACCUUGGGUGUUGAAGAUCAAAAUGUCAGGAUUGUUUAUGAUGACCCAAAUUUGAAGGUUCAUGAUGAAAAGGGAGUCCAAAUGGAUGGUGAACAACAGGAUUCUGAUAGUAAUCUACAGAAAUCUGGAACUAGCAUUGAUUCAGUGCAUGGUGAUGAUAAUGUAGAGCCACAUAGCUCUCAGAUACAUAUUGAACAUAACGAUCAUCAGAAUGGUGACGCUAGAGUGACUUCUGCCGAGCUGCUUUCUGAAGUUAAAGCAGAAACUUCUGAGCUGAAAAAUACUUUAGCAAACAAAGUAACAUCUAUCAAGGAAAGGGUGCCACGAGAAGUCACAAGCUCAACUUUUUCUGAGAAGUCAACUGUGGAAAAGACAGAGGUGAUCAAGGCCAGUGCAACUGAGGGUCACAAGGCUAUUCAACCAGAACAAGUUAGGGAUGUUCAUGUAGUAUGUGAUAAUGGCACUGCUAAGGAGCCAGAAAAGAGUGAAGAGAAAGAUCAGGAAGAGAAGCGCAGUACUCAAAAUAAUAGGGUAGUGAACCAGCCAGCACAAGAAAAUGCUUCUUUACCAGGUAAAUCUACCAAUCCUGCUUCCUCUAAUGCACCUCCUGCCGGCUUAGGGCGUGCUGCCCCUUUACUAGAACCUUCUCCUCGGGUGGUGCAGCAACCUCGGGUCAAUGGUAGUGUAACUCAUAUGCAGAACCAACAAAUUGAGGAGCCUGUUAAUGGAGGUGAUUCAGAGGAGUAUGAUGAAACUCGUGAGAAACUGCAGAUGAUAAGGGUAAAGUUUCUGCGGCUUGCACAUAGGCUUGGACAGACUCCUCAUAAUGUUGUUGUAGCUCAAGUUUUGUAUAGACUUGGUUUGGCAGAACAGUUGCGUGGGAGAAAUGGGGGCCGUGUUGGGGCCUUUAGCUUUGAUCGUGCAAGUGCUAUGGCAGAGCAGCUUGAGGCAUCGGGACAAGAACCCCUUGAUUUCUCUUGUACUAUUAUGGUCCUUGGAAAGUCAGGGGUUGGUAAAAGUGCCACUAUCAAUUCUAUUUUUGACGAAGUGAAGUUUGGCACAGAUGCUUUUCAGAUGGGUACAAAGAAGGUUCAGGAUGUUGUGGGAACUGUACAAGGGAUUAAGGUACGUGUUAUUGACACACCUGGCCUUCUACCUUCAUGGUCUGACCAACGUCAGAAUGAGAAGAUUUUGCAAUCUGUUAAGCGCUUUAUCAAGAAAACACCUCCAGAUAUUGUGUUAUAUCUGGAUAGGUUGGACAUGCAAAGCAGGGAUUUUAGUGAUAUGCCAUUGUUGCGCACCAUAACAGAUAUAUUUGGCCCUUCAAUAUGGUGCAAUGCAAUUGUUGUACUGACGCAUGCUGCUUCUGCUCCGCCGGAUGGCCCAAAUGGUACUGCUUCUAGUUAUGACAUGUUUGUCACUCAACGAUCUCAUGUUGUCCAGCAAGCCAUACGUCAGGCAGCUGCAGAUAUGCGGUUAAUGAAUCCAGUUUCAUUAGUGGAGAACCACUCUGCAUGCAGGACAAACAGGGCUGGGCAAAGAGUUUUGCCAAAUGGCCAGGUUUGGAAACCACAUUUGUUACUGCUCUCUUUUGCAUCAAAAAUCUUGGCUGAAGCAAACGCACUUCUAAAACUGCAAGAUAGUCCACCUGGAAAGCCUUUUGCAAAUCGAAGUAGGGGACAUCCUUUGCCUUUUCUUCUUUCUUCCCUGCUUCAAUCAAGGCCACAGUUGAAGCUUCCUGAAGAACAGUUUGGUGAUGAGGAUGAUCUAGAUGAUGAUUUGGAUGAAUCAUCAGACUCUGAUGAUGAAACAGCGUAUGAUGAGUUGCCCCCAUUCAAAAGUUUGAACAAUGCCCAGUUGGCAAAGCUUUCUAAAGCUCAAAAGGAGGUGUACUAUGAUGAAUUAGAGUAUAGAGAAAAGCUUCUUAUGAAGAAACAGUUGAAGGAAGAGAAGAAGCAGCGGAAAAUUAUGAAGAAAAUGGCAGAAUCUGUGAAGGAUCUGCCCAGGGAUUUAGGUGAAAAUACAGAAGAAAGUACCGGUGGGGCAUCUAUUCCUGUUUCCAUGCCAGAUUUUGUCUUACCUGCUUCAUUUGAUUCAGACAACCCCACUCACCGGUAUCGUCAUCUUGAUUCUUCAAACUGGCUUGUGAGGCCUGUUCUAGAAACUCAUGGUUGGGAUCACGAUGUUGGUUAUGAAGGAAUAAAUGUAGAGAAAUUGUUUGUGGUUAAGGAGAAAAUACCCUUGUCCUUUUCUGGCCAGGUAACCAAGGAUAAGAAGGAUGCCAAUGUCCAAAUGGAAGUUGCGAGCUCAGUAAAGCAUGGAGAAGGCAAAGCAACUUCAUUAGGUUUUGAUAUGCAGACUGUUGGGAAGGACUUGGCUUAUACUCUACGGAGUGAAACAAGGUUUAGUAAUUUCAGGAGGAACAAGGCUACUGCAGGUUUAUCGGUUACUCUCUUAGGGGAUGCUGUAUCAGCUGGAGUUAAACUUGAGGACAAGUUAAUAGCUCAUAAACGGUUCCACUUGGUUAUGGCUGGGGGUGCAAUGACCAGUCGUGGUGACGUAGCUUAUGGUGGCAGUCUUGAGGCACAGUUGAGAGAUAAAGAGUACCCCUUGGGUCGUUGGCUGUCAACGCUUGGGCUAUCGAUCAUGGAUUGGCAUGGUGAUCUUGCUUUAGGAUUAAAUGUACAAUCUCAGAUUCCGGUCGGACGUCAUACAACUAUGAUUGCUCGUGCCAAUGUUAAUAACAGAGGAGCUGGGCAAUUGAGCAUUCGCUUAAAUAGUUCAGAACAGUUUCAGUUAGCUUUGGUUGGUCUCAUUCCUCUACUCAGAAAGUUUAUCACUUGUAUGCCGCAAUUGUCGUUUUGGCAAUGAUGAAGGUGCAGCGCGAGGGUAUAUGUCCAUUGAUUUUCACCAUCUCUUGUCAACCCAACCCAGAAGCCUCUCCCAUUCAAUAUAGUGAUAUUUUAGCUUUUCUAAUUAUUAGAUAGUUGCGUUUGGUGAUUUUUGUUCCUGUCAGCUACUGGACCAAGUUUUGCCUUUUAUUUUAUUUUCUCUUAUCCAAUCAAGUCUUUUUAUCUCAAUUCUAUGUGAUAUAAACUGCAUAAUUUGUCACUUGCUUUACCCUAGCGAUUUUCCAUUAGUAACUUUGUCAGGAUUGCCUUACUAGUUUUGCUCUUUUUGGGUGUUUUUUCUUCUCCUAAAACAAUGAUACAGUGACAUUGGAGUCGUA